ACAGAAGAAGAAGAACGAACCCGGAAAACAUUGCAAGAUGGCGGAAUCGGAGAACAGCAACAGUGUUAGACAGCCAUUAAAUGUGGACGCAGAACCUCUUAAAUUAUCAGAGUUGUUAGAUCGUGGUUGGAAAAUAUUCGAGGAGGUCGACAGCACAAACGAGCCUCUGGGCUCAAACAGUAUUCAGGUGAAAGUUAAGCGCGGUGUUCAAAUGUUAGAGGAAGCCUCCCGGAUGGUCGCUCAGCUCGACUUGUUUAGUCGCAACGAAGAGCUCGAGGAGAUCGCCACGGUAGACCUGAAGUACCUGCUGCUGCCCGCGUUGUUAGGAGCUCUCACCAUGAAGCAGACCACCCGGGACAAACCACCCGGGACAAACGGAGAUUCUUUCCCCGGCCCAACCAACCUGGUUGCUAUGGCAGCACAGAGACAAGCUAAAAUUGAGCGGUACCGUCAGAAGAAGGAGCUUGAGGCCAAACUGUCUGAUGUUCGGAGAGCUGUGGAGAGCGGACAAGCUGAUGAUGAAGUCACCAGAGAUUUUUACCUUCUGAAUGUCCGAAGAUGGGUCACUGUGUGUUUGGAGGAAGUAGAGAGCAUUGACCAAGAGGUGGAGAUACUCAAAAAGAUGGAUAUGUUUAAGGAGAAUCCUCCCAAGCAACCAAGUCACCCAUCCAGGCCCCCCAUGAAACCCUUCAUCCUCACCAAGGAUGCUGUACAGGCUAAGGUGUUCGGGGCCGGUUAUCCCAGUCUUCCUACCAUGACAGUUGAUGACUGGUAUGAGCAGCACAAGAAACACGGAGUCCUGCCUGACCAGGGUGUACCCAGGAAGGCCACUGCGGAGGAUCACGGGGAUCCAAGCGAGACGGACGAAGAAGAAAAAGAGAAGAAGGUUGAAAACGAUGACGAUGAAUCUCUGCUAAAAGCCAGAAACUGGGAUGACUGGAAAGACACUCACCGUAGAGGUUAUGGAAACCGCCAGAACAUGGGCUAGCUCAUACCAACAAGUGUGUUCAAACAGACUUGUCUCUCACUUCAUUUCUAUACCAAAUGAAGAAAAACACCACCGCAUCAAUAAAUAUGUACAUUCAUUACUUUGUCUGCAGGUUAGUUGGUUUGGAGAUGAACACUACUGCUGAUUAACUCGUGUUACCACCGCUCUUUUGAUUGGAUUACAUUCUCCUAUGUACCGUCGUGGUUUCCAAUUACAAUAAAAAUGCACAAUUUUACUGGAACCUUGAAA